UCCGUCCCCGCCGCAUACAUCGCCAUCCGAGUGCCUCAGAGAACCGGAGGUGGUGCGCGGGGCUUCAGGGCGCGCCCUCAAGCGGUCCCCAGCUCGAUAUUGGGGGGCACGGGCAACAGCAUGGACACCAAGCGCUGCUUCGCUAACCGCUUCGAUGACUACCAGGGCAGCCUGCUGGCGGGCCAGUGCGAGGAAGCGGUGGCGCCCUUGGUCACCGCCACCAUCGAGCGCAUCCUCCAGGAGCUGCCCCCUCUUGGGGGCGGCGCUGAGGCCCGGGGGGCGACAGCCGGGGCCAGCGUCUGCCAGGGUGGGCUGUACAGCGGCGUGGCCGGGGUGGCCUACAUGCUCUACCACGUCUCACAGAGCCCGCUCUUCGCCGCGGCCCGGGAGCGCUACUUGCGCUCCGCCAAGCGCCUCAUAGACGCGUGCGCCCGCGCCGAGGAGUGGGGCGAGCCGGACGCCGACACCCGCGCUGCCUUCCUGCUCGGGGGAGCGGGCGUGUAUGCUGUGGCCACGCUGGUGUACCACGCCCUGGGCCGGUCCGACUACGUGCAGCCGCUGGGCAAGUUCCGGGCUCUGUGUGCCGUCUGCGCGCCGGUCUCCUUCCUGGAGUGCGGCUCCGACGAACUGUUCGUGGGCCGCGCGGGCUACCUGUGUGCCGCGCUGGUGCUCAAGCAGAAACUCGCCCAGGAGGUGCUGACCCCAGCACAGAUCAAAUCAAUUUGCCAAGCAAUUCUGGACUCUGGGAAGCAAUACGCUACAAAGAAGAGGAAACCAUUCCCCCUGAUGUAUUCUUACUAUGGAACCGAGUACUUGGGGGCAGCUCAUGGCCUGUCAUCCAUUCUGCAGAUGCUUCUUUCUUACCAUGAGCACCUCAAGCCCGCAGAUCGGGAGCUGGUGUGGCAGAGUGUGGACUUCCUCAUGGAACAGGAACAGAAUUGCAACUGGCCACCUGAGCUCGGCGAGACUAUCGAGAGAGAGAAUGAGUUGGUCCACUGGUGCCACGGUGCUCCAGGAAUUGCCUAUCUGUUUGCCAAAGCUUAUCUGGUUUCCAAGAAACCACAGUACCUGGACACAUGUAUCCGUUGUGGGGAGCUCACAUGGCAGAAGGGCCUGCUGAAGAAGGGACCGGGGAUUUGCCAUGGUGUCGCUGGCAGUGCCUACGUGUUCCUGCUGCUGUACCGGCUGACCGGAAACUCAAAAUACAUCUACCGUGCCCAAAGGUUUGCUCAAUUCUUAUUUACCGAGGAAUUCAAGGCCGGGUCACGGGUCCUUGAAAGCAUAUACAGCUUGUAUGAAGGCUUCUCCGGGACCGUGUGCUUUCUGAUCGACCUGCUGCAGCCCAAUCAGGCUGAAUUCCCUCUCUUCAGCGUCUUUGUUUAAAAGGUUCCAUCUCCCACUGUGGCCCUGCAGAAGUCCCCUGAGAUUUCCUGAGCCUGCCGAGGCAGUUUCCACAUAAGCCACAUUCAAUGGUAUCAUGACCAUGAGCCUUAACAUUGCCGCCGGAAGGAUGGGAGCAGGAGGGGAAGGUAGCAUGGUAGCAGACUGGAGAGAACCUACAAAAUAAGACACCACAACUCAUCUAAAAACUGUAGCGAAUGUAUGUUUCAGGGAGUGGAUGUAAAACUGGAGAUCAGAGAGAAUGGGGAAAAGAAAUGAUCUGUUUUUCAGUUGAUAACACAAGAACCAAAACAGAGAGGGGCACUAUGGCAAUAAAAUGCUAGUACUUUCCCAAUUGGAGAGAGAAUCUGGCCCUCUGUGGGUGUUUUCCACCCCUAAAUUCAGAAAUACAGACAAUCAAAACUUAAUUUGCCCUAGUGAAAACUGCUGGCAGGGUUGAAAUGUCAGGAUGAAGGACAAAAAAGAAAACCUUUGAUUGUCCUAAGCCUUUAAUUAUUGAAAUUCAUGAUUUUUACUGAAUGGAGAUAUUUGCAUAUGAAUAUUUUUUAUCAUUGCCCUGGGCACUUUAAAGACAUCAUAUCAUAACUUAAACACUGAAGUUCC